UACAGCAUAAUUGUCGACAAACGAAGCGGGAUAUUGACAUUAGCGGGGAGCGAGGCGCCGCAGUGAGCCGCCAGCGCGCGCAUGCGUACCAACCAUUAAUGUAUCAUUUCAUUUUAAAAACAACUCGGAAAUCUGAGGUUUCGUUUUCGAUAACACUAAAAUAAAGUGCAACUUCAUCACGACUGCGGUUAAAUGUACACGUGUCCGACGCUUCGCGAGAAAGAUGAGGCUCCCGAAAUUGGAUCUGUCGAUGAAAAAAAUCUGUAAGCCAGCUAUGCUGGGACGUAUAUGGCAGGCUAGCAGACGAGGCCUGAACCUGGAGCACUCGCCGCCCUACCAAUUCGCUUGCAGUCAGUGGCAGACGGGGCACCGACCGGCCACUUUGUAUUUAGUUUAUAGGUGGAUAUUAUUCUUAACAGUAUUCUCGAUUGGCAUAUCAAGUUUCAUUUGCCAGCGGCUGCCGCGGCUCUACGAUGGACCCAAAGUACAACUGAAUUACUUCAAAUGGUUCAUAUAUUUCACGAACUGGGGCUACAUGCUGAUAGUCAUACAAGCUGGACUGGCGCUGGCUGUUGUACACAAGUACAAGAAUCAAAAGACAUACUGUAUACCUUGUGACGACGAAGAGAUACCCUUACCACGACGCCAGAAGACGCCUCUAAUUUGCCGCGUCUACUGGCUAGCUCACAAUAUUGCUACCGACCUGGCCUUUGUGAUCACUCUUGUGUAUUGGACCCUAGUUCAUGACCCCAAAAUCCAUGAAAUCAACGCACUAAACAUCCUAGUGCACGGCUGCAACUCGCUCGUCAUGAUCGUGGAGUUGCUGGUCACCGCGCACCCGGUCCGCGGCGCGCACGCACUGUUUGGCGCGGGCGCGGGACUGACUUAUGGGAUAUUUAGUGCUCUGUACUGGGCGUUAGGAGGCACGGAUAGGAUUGGCUUGCCGGCCAUUUAUCCAGCGUUGGAUUGGAAUAAGCCAGGUUCAGCGUUCGGUUUCGUAGCGCUAUGUGCCGUAGUCAUGAUAUUCGCGCACGGGGUCGCUACCCUCCUCGCCAUACUGCGCAUGAAACUCGCCGCAAGACUGCGACCCUCCAGCUCACACCUCGACAAGUUCACACUACCCACUCACUGAAGGUUAAGGAAACGGGACUAGACUGUAAUCGUAUGAAUAAUUGUCAUUGUUCAGUAUUCUUUGAAAUUGAUAAACUGUGGUUUUCACUUCUCCUGUAUGCUGGUGAAGGAACACCUUAAGAGAGCAUAACAGCGCAAGGCGAUAUGAGGCGUCAAAACACGGCGUCUUUUUAAUUUUUUUGCUAGAAUCUCAUCCCAUUGAAUUGAAUAUUACAUUUAUUGUAGCUAAUAAACUGCGCCAAAUUUCUAUUGUAUUUCAGAAUGGGAAAAUGUUUUUUGAAUGAAAUCUAAAGCAUUACUUACGAAUGUUUUAGUUAUGGUUAAUAGUAUAUUUGCAUGUAUAUUUAUGAAUUUUAUCAUUAUAUGGUUCGAAUUCUAUAAUAUUUCACACCAUACUUAUUGAUAUGCAUGCACAUAAUAUAUAAGUCCAAACCUCCACUGUUUUGUGUAUUGCUAUUUUAUUUUUUAAUAGCGCCUAGACUAUAACUUGAGAUUGUUCACUUCACAAACAAAUGUACAAUACAAGAUGCUUUUAACAUAACAUUUUUAUCACCAUAUUGGUUUGAUCAAUAUUUCAUUACAAGGAAUAAAGUUUGUAUUUUAAGUUCGGAAAGCUGCCAUUAUAUUAAAUUUAUUAAAAAGCAUUUAAAUAGGUAGGUAUGAUAUAUGUGAUAUUAUUAAAGUUCCCCAAAAUAUGUUUUAAGCAUAUUACCAGUAUUCCUUAGAUAAUAAGCCCCUUUAAGAUUUAAAGGGUUCUUUUGAAAGUAUUGUCAAUU